AUGCGUAAUGCUCGUUCACAUUCAAGGCAGAGUAUGUGCUCAUCUGUUGACGAGUCUCUGACACUGAGCGAAGUGUGGCAAAAGAUGCAAUGGGUAAAAUGCUACAAAACUAAAAGGAAAUAUAUUGAUGAAGGUAAAGCUAAUGAACUGUUACGAAACUUAGCACCUGAUUUUACAGUUCCUAAUAAACAAACUUUUAUAUCAACAAAUACGAAUUUAGAGACACUCAUUACACUAGUAGAAGUUGAAAAGUCUUGGGAAGAAUUGGUGGAAAUCUAUAGAACUGAUUUACCACAGGAUAAAAAAAAACAACUCGGUCUGGAUCUUCAAAAAAGGUGGAGAAACAUUCGCGACGCUUUUGUAAAGGCCCAUAAAGCAAAAGAAAGCAAGAGUGGGUCUGCAGCAAAAAAGAAGGUCCCAUAUGUAUUCUAUGAUAAUCUUUUAUUUAUAAAAGAUACAGUAACGGUUAACCGCACAGAUGGUAAUGCUACAGGAAAUGACGAUGAAAACACGAGUAUACAGACAGAAGUCAAUGUUCCGUCAAUGUCUUCAUUGCCGCCAAAAAGACGUAAGAAAAACAACGAUGAUAAUGAAGUCGGUGCACAGUUAGUUGGAGUGUUGAGUAAAAAUUUAGAAAGAAAGAAUAUGGAUGAUGACGACGAUCGCCUUUUUUUCUUGUCAUUGGUAAAGGAAUUUAAGAAAAUACCUGAGCACAUGCAAAUGCAGACAAAGUUAGAUAUUUUAAAAGUAAUAAAGGAUGCACAGCAGUUCUGUGAUUGUGAUAAUACCUAUCGUGGAUAUCAAACGGCACAUUAUUCAAGAAAUAAUCCUCACACUGAGCUUAUGCAAUCAUUGGACGUUGGACGACCACCUUCUCAAAAUUUUGAGGUACAAUCGCCAUUAUCAACUCACAGUCACCAGUCUCAGAACAGUGAACACUCGUCUUAUAUUGAACUUUUUAAUUCUAUUAAUGAUACUGAGGAUGAUUUAAAUGUUUGACAAUAGCCUUUCUUUUGAUGAAUAAAUAAAUAACAAAUUAA